GCUACAGAUCACGCGCUUCGGCCUGCCGCGAGUCUGUGCGGAGCGGAGCGCAGCCGAGACAUGGCGGCCGUACGCAGCUUGCGCGUUUCCGUGAAGCCGGAGGCCGCCUCCGAUCGCCCGGAUUCGGAUUCGGACUCCGAUUCUGAGCGAGAUGCUCGCGAACCGGAGCCUAUGGAAGUGGAGGAAGGGGAAAUUGAGACUGAGAGUGAGGCCGUUCCGGUUCGGCGGGCCCUGAAAGAGUUCAUGCCGGAUCCCAGGAGGCGGUAUGCAAACAAAGCCGGGACCUUCAUCACAGGCAUCGACGUUACGUCUAAGGAGGCUGUGGAGAAGAAGGAGCAGCGGGCCAGGCGCUUUCACUUCCGUGCUGAGGUCAACCUGGCCCAGAGGAACGUGGUGCUGGACAGGGACAUGAUGAAGAAGGCCAUCCCCAAGCUGCGGGCCGAAGCUCUGUAUGUCUGCGGGGUGGACGAGAUGAGCACCCAGGACGUCUUCGGGUAUUUCAAGGAGUACCCGCCAGCUCACAUCGAGUGGAUCGACGACACGUCCUGCAACGUGGUCUGGCUGGAUGACAACACUUCAACCCGAGCCCUUAUCAACAUCAGCCGCAUGCCGGACGCCGAAGCUCCGCCCACAGUAACAGCCAGCUCCCCAGAUGGCCACCAGCCAGCCCAAGAGCGCAGGGCACGGGGAGAACGAGACUCCGAUGACGAGGAGGAGGAGGAGGAAGGAGAGGUGGAUGAUGAAGAUGAAUCGGCUAAGGAAGGGAAAUGCGCAGAGGAGAAAGCCGGCGAGAACAAAGACGACGAGGACCAGGCGGCGAAGAAUGCCGAAUCUGACAGUGUGCAGUCGGACCCUCUGUCCCAGGCAGAGAAAGAGUCUCUCCUCCGUAAUGAUCUUCGUCCAGCGAUCCGGCCAUUUGCUGGGAACAAGCUCUUCCUGAGGUUUGCCACUCACGACGAUAAGAAAGAGCUGGGAGCGGCCAGGCGCAGCCGCUACUACAUGAAGUACGGGAACCCCAACUACGGCGGCAUGAAGGGAAUUCUGAGCAACUCCUGGAAGCGCAGGUUUCACACUCGCAAAAUCCAGAGGGACGUCCUGAGGACCAAGAAGCCACUGAUUGGAGACAGUAUGGGCCACACACCCCCCUACACACACCGACACUCGGACCUGGUGAACUUACCUGAGGAACCAAUUGAGGAAGAGGAGGAAGAGGAAGAGGAUGGUGAGGAAGACAUGGACUCGGAUGACCGAGUUGUGGAGUACUGGGGGGAGAAGGAGAGAGAGCGCUUCCGGGACAGGGAGAGGGACAGGGGCAAGGGCCCGCGUAAGCCUGCCCCGACGUCCGGAUCCUCCGACUCAGACGAGAUGGAUUACGACCUGGAGCUGAAGAUGAUCUCCACUCCGUCGCCCAAAAAGAGCAUGAAGAUGACCAUGUAUGCUGACGAGGUGGAGUCCAACCUCAAGAGCCUGCGGAACUCCACGCGUGCGGACAGUUUGUCCGGCUCCAGCCUGAAGAACCGGAUUGGAUCGGGGAGCGGGACCAAGGCAGAGAAGGUGACGGACGUCAGGCAACUGCUGGAGGAGAAACGCCAGGGCUUGUCCCAGCAACGACCCCCAGUAGCGUCCAGUGGCAAGACAGAUGUGAGACAGAGGUUGGGAAAGAGGCCACACUCCCCGGAGAGUCGCCGCUCGCCCUCGCCCUCCCGUGCCCCCCAGAGGGACCCCCCUCCACGCCGGGAGCCCCUCACGGACGUCCGCAGCCGGCUGGGUGUGCCCAAACGCGAGCCGGUUCGGCAGUACUCCGAAACUGCGAAGGACAGCAAGUCAGGAAGCCUGUGGAGUCGACUGGGCACUUUGCCAAAAGACAGAGAGCCCGAGAGGAAGGAGGGGGCAGGCAGGGGUGGGCGGGGUGGCCAGCAGGGCGAGGAGGAUGAGGAGGACUCUGACCUGCAGAAGGUGUGGGGCGCCAUGAUCAAGGAAAAGGAGGAACAGUCUCACAAGAAGAAGAGCCGCCUGGACAGCCUUCCAUCCCUGCAGAUAGAGAUCAGCCGUGAGAGCAACAGCUCAGACAGCGAGUCCUGAAGGGGGCGCCACACGCCUGGCGCCUUGGGCCUGCUGGCCUCCAUACGGCUCUUCUCCUCGGCUUCAGACUGCCUGCUGUCGCUCUGUGGUGAGCGCCCCCUGCUGGAGGAAUGUGCCUGUAAAUAAUACGACUCUUUCUGACAAAGCCAGAGAACUGACUGGUGUAAAUGUUACCUGAAAGAAGUAAUUUUUUUUCUCUUUGUUUUUUGAAAUGAAAGAUCAGGCUGAGAAACUUUUUUAAUUCUCCGUAUUGAAAGAGUGCUAAGGGUGUCUGUGUGAGACGGGGACGGAUCGUGCUCUGAAUAUGCCCCGGGAACCUUUUUUUAUAAAGUGUUGUCACGUU